GCGGGGCAGUAGCUCUGUCGGGUGAGGGCGGACGGAGUCGGCAGGACCUCGGCGGUGCAGCCGUCGCUGCCUGGCACCCGGGGCGCGCCCUGACCCUUUCUCUUUGGGGAGGCUCGAGGGCGCGCGCACGGUUGGGGCCUCGAACUCCCGGGCCUCGACUCGGCAGGCCACGGAUUUCCCCGACUGCCGCCAAGUGCGGGCGCCAGAGAAGCGGCGGCGCCAGAAGACGUGCCUGAGGCUCUGCCUGGCCGGCUCGCGUGGCUGCCUGGUCCUGUGCACCCGAGCGGCGAGAUGGACCACAAUCUGACAAUCAUACAGAUAAUUACAUCAUGACAACCUGAUGUGUACUGUGAAAGGAGAUCAUAGGAGAGUGAUACGUAGAGACUUCUGGCCUCAUCUGGGGAGUGGAAGAAGGAUGAUUUCUUUGAGGAAGUGACAUUUGAGAAGAGAUUUGAAGGAAGACUUUACCAGAUAAAGAAAUUGAGACACAGAGACAUUAAGGAAUUCUUUUAAAGAAUUAAUUGAAGAUGAAGGUUUAUUGUUUUUGAUUUUUGUGGUUUUUUUUAAUGGCUUUACAGAAUCUUAAAUAGAAUACAGUUUGACAUGACGGCAAAAAAUGUUGGUUUGUCUUCCACAAAUACAGAACUAAGAGGAUUUAUAGAUCAGAAUCUCAGUCCAACAAAAGGUAACAUAUCAUUUGUUGCAUUUCCAGUUUCCAGCGCCAACUCACCAACAAAAAUUUUACCAAAAACCUUAGGACCAAUAAAUGUGAAUGUUGGACCCCAAAUGAUUAUAAGCACACCACAGAGACUAACCAGUUCAGGAAGUGUUCUGAUUGGGAGUCCAUAUACCCCUGCACCAGCAAUGGUCACUCAGACUCACAUAGCAGAAGCUACUGGCUGGGUCCCCAGUGAUAGAAAACGGGCUAGAGAAUUUAUAGACUCUGAUUUUUCAGAAAGUAAACGAAGCAAAAAAGGAGAUAAAAACGGAAAAGGCUUGAGACAUUUUUCUAUGAAAGUUUGUGAGAAAGUUCAACGGAAAGGUACAACAUCAUAUAAUGAAGUAGCUGAUGAACUGGUCUCCGAGUUCACCAAUUCAAAUAACCAUUUGGCCGCCGAUUCGCAGGCUUAUGAUCAGAAGAACAUUAGGCGAAGAGUUUAUGAUGCUUUAAAUGUGUUAAUGGCAAUGAACAUAAUCUCAAAGGAAAAAAAAGAGAUCAAGUGGAUUGGCCUGCCUACCAAUUCUGCUCAGGAAUGUCAAAACCUGGAGAUAGAAAAGCAGAGGCGAAUAGAACGUAUAAAGCAGAAGCGGGCCCAGUUACAAGAACUUCUCCUACAGCAAAUUGCUUUCAAAAACCUAGUACAAAGAAAUCGGCAAAAUGAACAGCAAAACCAGGGCCCUCCAGCUCUGAACUCCACGAUUCAGCUGCCAUUUAUAAUCAUCAACACAAGCAGAAAAACAGUCAUAGAUUGCAGCAUCUCCAGUGACAAAUUUGAAUACCUCUUUAACUUUGACAACACCUUUGAGAUCCACGAUGACAUAGAAGUACUGAAGCGGAUGGGAAUGUCCUUUGGUCUGGAGUCGGGCAAAUGCUCUCUGGAGGACCUGAAACUGGCUAAAUCGCUGGUGCCAAAGGCUUUAGAAGGUUACAUCACAGAUAUCUCCACCGGGCCUUCCUGGUUAAACCAGGGACUGCUUUUGAACUCUACCCAAGCAGUUUCAAAUUUAGACCUGCCCACCGGCGCCACCCUUCCCCAGUCAAGUGUAAACCCAGGGUUGUGCUUGGAUGCUGAAGUGGCCUUAGCAACGGGGCAGUUCCUCGCCCCAGACAGUCACCAGUCCAGCAGCGCGGCCUCUCACUGCUCCGAGUCCCGCGGAGAGACGCCCUGCUCCUUCAAUGACGAAGACGAGGAAGAGGACGAGGAGGAUUCCUCCUCCCCGGAAUAAAGACGGGAGAAAACUCACGUUUUCACGUUGGAUGCUCAUGUGUGUUUCAGUGUGAGCUCUUGUUUUUGAGGUGAUUGCUUCGGUCUUUGCCUUUGCACUGUGUUCAGUGAAAACUAGAGAAACACAAUCAGCAAAUCACACGAAGGCUGAGAUGAUUGACGUGAAAGUUAACAUAGCGUGGACGACACUGGCCGGCAGAGCCCUAGAUGGCACCGCGGACAGAGCGCAUCUUCUGAGGAGGGGAGCCAUCCCUGAAGAACGGGCGUGGGAAGGAGCGGUCUGCAGGAGGCGGGCUCUGCGUCGCCCCGUGUAGUCAUUUUAGAAUUGAGAUCCUGCCAGGAGCAGCCCUCGGUGAUGAUCGUGUUUCUCCCGUUCCUGGGCUGCCUUGGACAGGCAUCCAGGAGCACGGAAGUCCCCGUGAGGUGUUCAGCAGGGGUGUAGAUGGCAGUCCUGGUGACUCAGGAGCACAGAUUAACUGCUGAACGAGUUGGGAGUGUAGUUGAGGUGCUUUACGCAUCUGCUGCCUUAGACAGCUUCUAGAAAGGAGCGAGCGCUCAUUCCCAAGUACUUAAAUGACAUUUAGAAUAAUUUAUAGUAAAACUGAAAUCACCAUUAGCCAAUGCGUCGGUGCAUAGAUUUCCUAGGCUCCUUCUGGAAGCCAACUAGAAUAGCGUCUCCAUGUGCGUUAACCACUCUGCAGCACUGCCUUUGGCCAGCAUUCUAAAUCUGGAGUUCCACAGAGAAGGAAACUAUUGUUUUAAUCAAAGCUGUGCAUUUCAUACAGCUUUUUCAUUCACAGUGAAACAAAGCAGCAAAUUCCUGUGACCAAGUUGCUUGCCUCCGCUCUCUGCAGUAAGUGUAUGAUUUCACUCAGUGUGCAAUUUGUGAAAAUGAACCAAAUGUCAUUACUUUUGCCUUGAAAGAAAAGUCUGUUUCAAGAAUAUGAACAACGUUUUCUUGUACAUGUUACCUUUUUCAUAUUUUAAUUAAUCAAAAUGACCUUACUAGAUUUAUUCCUGGGUAAUUUGCACUGCAGGCUAACCCAGUAUUUCUGUGCAGAUGUCGAGCUGCAGUUGUCGGGCGCAUGGUCGUGGGGCGGGUGCAUGGCAGUGGGGAGCGCAGCGUGGGAUUCUGUAGCCAGAGGUGCGGCUGGGGUGCCGCCUCGGUGCACAGCUGCCUCCUCUGGGAGGAGUGUGGGACAUCCGCCUCCAAGGCCAUACCCCAGCCUGGUUACGCACGGAGCAAAGAACAAUAGAACUAACUCUUGAGUCACAGGGAAUUGUCUGAUGUUGUGCACCUAGCAUCCCUCGGCCAGCACCAGAUGGGGCCCAAACUGGCUCUUUCCUCAAUCCCAGAGGGCAGGGGCGGGCUCCCAAGAGGCCUUUCUAAAGCUCUGCUACCAAGCUCACAUGCGCGGAGCCGAGAGCUGUGGCUGGCUAGUUUUUUAUAAGACCAUAAACACUGAUAAACAAGAACACCCAGCUUUAACUUUGGCCCCUCUAGACAGCUCUCAUUCUGCCAGAACUAAGCCAAAGUGCAAGCCCAGAUUAUCCAAGGGGCAGGAGACAUUGGCAGCUUCCGCCUUGGCGUGAGCGGGACAGCACGGCUCUUGUCGUCAGGUCGGUAGCAUCCAGAGUGCCACCAGGCCUGCAGAUGCCACUUCUGACUGGAAGACCUUUACUUGACAGAUCAGUGACAUGGGGUUUCCCUCCAAAACGUCCUUUGAGGGGCUGCCUCAUUCCUUUGCCCAAUAGUAACAUCCUUGCUAGAGUCCUUGAGAAACUGUUUCCUUCUCUUCUGUCUCAGCUGCAGAAGCGCUUUAAUUCAUAUAGCAUGGGCUUAAAAAGGGCAGCCAAAGACUGUUGUCCUCAUUGUGCCGCCACUGGCCGUCCUAGCCAAUGCUGGCAGGGAAGGUCCCGGUUCUGCUCCUCAGGGAUGUGUUUGUGGCACUGCUGAGGACAUGGCGCGGAGCGGCGCCAUGGGACUAGUAAAUGCUGACGUUGGAAAGGCCAGCCUGUUCCUCUGUACUGCUCCUGACCACGCCAUCUGGGCCCAAAUGUCAUUGCUGAGUCACAGUUCCAUACCAGAAUCAGCGAAAAGAUGUCAGGAAAUAGUGGUCACAACAUCCAGUCCUCUGCGGGAGUGGCACCCGGGGGUACGAGCAUGCACCCAGACCACCCUUUGCGGGUGCUGGCCACAUUCUGCUUUGGGGGAGCUUGUGAGGCUCCCCCGACCCUGAGGGUCACUGUCUUCUCAAGGUGCAGCAACAUUCAGUCAGUAACUGGCUCUGGGACCUGCUUAUUGGAAGGAGCGUCACUGCCUCACCCAUCCCCACUCUAGUCCGUGUCCCAUCCAUGUGCUUUCCGUGUGGGGAAAGCGGUUUCAGGAAGUUGGUGUGUUGUAGCUUGUGACCUUGGAGGGCUUUGGGAGGGGGCAGGAAGGGGGGCCCACAGUGGUCCUCCAGCAUCAAAAGUGCCCCAGAAAAUGAGGGGUGGAGGCCACAAGUUCUGUGUUCUUCCGUUUGAGUCUUUAAAGCAGUUGGGGGGUUCCUGUGUAGUUUCUGUCAUUUCACCAGAAUGGAGGAGAGCGCCUCCCUUGGCAGAAUUGGUCGUGCUCAAUUCUGCUCAGCUCUGCCGUGUUUGAAAAACCCCUUCAGGUUCUGACCCCAAGAAGAAAGUGGCCUUGUCAGGUGAUUCAGAUGAGCGGCUUGGUGAAGGAGCCUCGGGGCUCCCGGACCUCUGUGAGCGGGCUGUGUGCUACGCCACAGCUCCUUCAGGCUUAGGUCACAGAGGAGCAGAGCACGUGGCUUAGGACCCUGGGACCCUGGGACGCUGGGUGGCCUCAGCCAUAGCCACAUCCAGAGGGCAGCCUGUCUUUAGAGUUUUCUAAAUGACCCGUUUCAAGGACUUCUGCGCGCAGCUCGCGCCCCUGACGAACAU